AGGGAGUGCAUCAGUAGUGCGCAUUUAAUAAGAGUGUUACAGAGCUGUCAAAUCAUGUUUCUCUGGAUUAAAUGCAUUUAUCACUGAACCACUUGGAUUGAAGCACAUGAAAUAAACCAUUCGCGCCGCCACCAAUCAGUCAUCUUGCCAGGUUUUCAUGGCCGCAGUGGAGAAUGAGUGUCCUCGGUUCAUUCGUCAGAACUCUGAGCCUGAGAGGUCAUGGGAGUUGGAGUCAGUUUUGACCAAUCGUAUGCUGCGCUUUGUGGCGAAGUUAGAGCAACAGUUUGUUUGUCCGUCAUGCAGUGGGAUUGUCCUAAACCCACACCAGACUGGCUGCGGGCACAUCUUCUGUGCCCACUGCAUCAGAACAUACAUUGACAAGGGGGGAAAUUCAAAAUGUCCUUUAGACAACAUUUCUAUAAAACCUGAGGAGAUAUUUCAAGACAAAUGCUGUAAAAGGGAACUGCUAAACUUAGAAGUCUACUGCACCAAUGCCCCAGACUGCACACAGAAGUUUACUCUAUGCAAUCUGCAGGAUCAUCUCAAAGCUUGUCAGUAUGAACAACUUAUAUGUUCUAACCCAGGGUGUAUUGAGACGUUAUUACGCAAAAACCUUUCAGAACAUCAGAGGAAUAUCUGUUCAUUCAGAUUGGAAUCUUGCCAACACUGCAGGCAGUCCUAUACCAUAUCUCAACUGCUGGACCAUCAGAAGACCUCAUGCCCAGAAGUUGAAGUCCCAUGUUCAAACAAGUGUCAGCAGAUGAUCAAAAGGCACAAGCUGCAGGUGCAUGCUGACGAGUGUUCUGAAGUGGAGACAGACUGCAUUUAUAAAAACUAUGGCUGCACUGUCAGAGACAAAAGAUGGAAGGUUCUAGAUCAUGAAAACACAGAGUUCAGUUCCCACGUAAGGCUCGUUCUGGAAAGUAACUCCAAACUUGAGAAACAGGUGGAGCAGUUGCAGCAGGACAUGCUGUUCCAGCAGGGAGCACUGAAGGACAAGAGUCUUUUGGUCAACAGUUUGGACAGAGACAUCACCUUGUGUGACAGCACACUGACUUCCUUACAGAGGUCUGUGGAGGAGCAGAGAGUGCAGAUCAGCAGUGUGCAGCGUGAACUGCGUGAUCUCCGGGAUGUUUUAGGGUCUGAGCUGAACGAAGAGCUCCCAAGUCUCCGAGCAUCACUUGACUCACUCAGACAACAGGUGGCGGUCACUGAAAGCCUCAGGGAACACCUGGGUGUGCUAGAACAAACGUGUCAGCGGCAUACACGUUUGUUGGACAUCCACGUGGAACAGCUGCAAUGUAACGAGCAGCGUUUUCACCAUCUCGAAUCCACCUCCUACAACGGCAAGCUUAUCUGGAAAGUGCGCGACUACUGGCGGCGUAAAGAAGCCGCCGCUCCACUCAACUCUACCCCCUUCUACACCAGCCGCAGCGGCUACAAGCUCAGUGUACGGGCGUACCUCGGUGGCGACAGCUCUGGGAGAGGCACCCAUCUGUCUCUUUAUGUCACAAUAAUGCGUGGAGACUUUGACUCCCUCUUACCGUGGCCAUUCCGUCAGAACAUCACGCUAACAUUGCUGGAUCAGAGCGGAUCACGGAACCAUGUGACCAGUGCUUUCUCCCCUGACACCGGCAGUGAUAGCUUUCGCCGCCCAACGUCUGAUACUAAUGUGGCCACUGGUUUCCCACGAUUCAUCUCUCACAGUGACUUGGAGACACCUCGGAAUUCUGUUUAUGUGAGAGACGACACACUGUUCAUCAAAGUGAAGGUGGACACAACAGGAUUGGAUGACUUGUAGUUUUACGCGCACUGAAUUUUCACAUUAGGAAAAAUCCUAAAAUCUGAAUGCUUGAAAUGAUAGAGUCAUGAGUCCGCAUUUGAUUUGUAAACUUGGGGCUCCAUUUAGUGUCAUAUUUGUAAUGGCUGAAGAUUUUUCAAACAUUAUAGAAGUCAUUCAUAUUAUGCAGUAACUUUUUAGCAAAGUAACUUAAGUUCUUAUGUUUUAAUUUAAGGAUAUAUAUAUAAAUAUAAGGCAAACUUCCAGAAACAUGCCCAGGUCAAGCUCAGGCAUUUACAUUUUAUUAAUUAUAAAUUGAUUAUUUACACAAUUGCAAGAUAAUUUCCAAGAUGCCUAACUGGAUGGAAAUAGAUUAACAGGAUGGAACAUAACCGGAUAAAAAUAAUGAGCUAAAGUUAGCCAUUGCUCAGUAAUGGGUAAACAGUUAGCUUACAUGUGGGUGUUUACCAUCUUUUGAAAUUUUUAUAUACUUAUUUCUUUAAUUUUGUCUAACAGGAUGAAAUAUUUUAGAGUGAGACAAGCCAACUAAUACCACAAAACAUCACAUAAUAUCAUAGAAUCAUUGCUAAUAUUUAUUGAUGUAAAUGUGGGGAAAUUUCAUUCCUGAAGGAUGAUGUCAUUAAAAAAUAUCAUCAACCAUAUACACAAGAAAAACAGUAUUCCCAAAAAAGAUGUCAUUAUGACAUUCUCAUUACCGUAACAAGGAAAAAGUUAAUCAUUAUGAUAUUCUCAUUACCGCAAUGUGACAUUUUUUAUAUUAUUUACAUCUUACAUCAUAAUAGUACUUCAUUGGUAUUGCCUUUUAACUUUUUCAUUCUAAACAUUGUAAAACAUUAUGUUUUUUUGUGUAAUACGGUAAAAAAAAUCCUGUUACGGUAAUGAUAAUCAUUAUUGAAAACAAAUAGUAAAAGUAAAACAUCUGGACGUGUUACGGUAAUGAGAAUUUAGAGGUAAAAUGUGAUAAAAUGUCCUGAAAAUGAUGUCACAAUGCUAAAAAUCUUAAUGUUCCUAAAUGUAGGCUUCAUUUUAUUUAUACAAAAAAUAAUUAAAUUUUUCUAUAUAUUGAUUUGGGAAAAAAUAUGUCAAGGACAUUUUCUUGACAGGUUUCGUGAGAAUCACCCAAGUAACUAAUAUAACUUCCAUUUUUAAAAAUUGUGAGUUUAAUAUUUUAUUGAAUACAUUAAGACUACAGUAAUAUGGGGAUAUGAAAUUGUAUUGCAUAACAGGAAUGAUCCAAAGAGGGCUGAAUAUAUUUUUUAUAGUAACAAUGGCUGUUUACAUGCACAGAUUUUCAUCAAGCCAAUUCAGUUCAAUUUUGUAAAUGUAUUUCUGAAUGUAAUUUGUACCCUAAAUUCUGCAAUGCGAUGAGAAAAUCCAUUUUAAAAUGUACCAUAUAUAUUCCGAAAAGCAUUUCUGUGCAUUGAAAGACUCGAAACGUACUCAGCGCAAGUACAUGAUUGCGAACGCUGCUAGCCGUCCAAGCUCGAUUUUGUGCAUCAUUUCAUUUCUGAAACGUGUCUAUGUGUAACGCAAUGCAAGUAUGCGCGGCAAUCUCUGCAUUGCCACAAAGGGCACUAUAGCGGAGAUUUGCAUGUCUUAUUCUAUGGUCAGUUUUAUCAGUCUUGUUCAUUGAGAUAAUCUUUAUCUCAAGUUAGUUAAAGUUACAAGGUAUCUUUGAAUCAGUUUGUGAAGGUAGCUGGAUUGAAAGAUUUAAAUGAAUUCUUAUAUUUUGAUAGCAAAAAGUGGUGCAGAUCUUAAAUAAACAGUUAACUAUAAAUUUCAUUCGAAUACAUUUUUAGACUUUUUUAUUUUUUAUUGAGGUAUUAUAUGAAGGUAUUUUAUUCCGAGCUGUCAGUUGGAUUAUUUGCUUGCAAGAUGCUUAGGUGGUCUUGUGAAAAUGUUUUGCAAGUAAAGACAAAAGCUGAAUCAAAGACAUGCUAAAUGAGGAACGUAUAACAAAGCUGAUUACAUUUAAGCCCGUUAAUGAGUUGUUUUUUAGCAACAGUUUAUGUAUGAAAUAUCAUUCAGAAGACCAUUUAGGUCAUAAGUACUGUACUGUAUGUCUGGUAGAGUUUAGACGACAUCUUGCCACUCAUCGUAAAGUCCUCAUCAGUUGUCUGAUGAUGGGGAUUGCUUAAUGUUUAAAGUUGUUAUACAGUUGGCUUGAUGGUUGGGUUAUAAAUGCAGGGGAAUCUAACAAAUGGAAAAUCGUAGUUUUUUUUUUUACAAAAUAAUUUUAGGUGGUUUGUUGAUGAAAGGUGUGCUGCUAAUUUUAUAAGCAAUUGGACAUACAAUUUUUACCUAGCGGACCAUAAAACGGGCCAAAGAAUUCACAGAUUUAUAAGAGGAUCACAGAGACUUGGAGGUAGAACACACAAGCAACACCCUAGCAACACCAGAACACCCUAGCAACUACCUAGAACACCCUAGCAACUGCAUAUACAUGUGUUAAAAUCCUCUUAAAACACCUUUGCAUGCCAUAGUGCCACCGGUCCUACUCAACCCGCCCAGAGCGGGAUUGAAAAACCAGCAAUCCCCGGCACUGGUGCUGGACCCAGAAUCACAACUACUACUACUGCCCAGUUCGCCACUAAUAGCGAACACUUCUAUGGCACACCUGUGGCAAAAAUGAAGAGUUUGCCACAAAGCUCAUUUGCAUUUGAAAAUGAUGAGUGGCAAAUUUGCCACGGGAUUGCCAGAACUUUUUCUGUUCUGACAGAUUUUUGUAAGUGUAGAGCCAAUAAGCAACCACCCAGAAAACCUGUGCAACUGCAUAGAAAUGUGCUAAAAACUACUUGUAACACCUGAGCAACCAUAUAAAUGCUAGCAACCACUUAGAAAUGUGCUGAAACACUUAGAACACCUUAGCAACCCCAAAUCAACACCCUGGCAAUGUAAAAAUCUGGUUCACUGUUAUCACUUUUUCUCUAGUGGUAGAAAACAUGGACAUCUUUAACAUGCAAAAGACUUUCCUUAAAUAAAAGUUACUGUGUGUUUGUGUGCACUGAUCUUUUUAGUCUCAAACAAUAGAAUAUUAAAUUAACUUCCUUUUAUCAUAGAAUGAAUGUUAUUGUUCACACAUUUCUAUUUCAAUUCACAUUUCUAUUUUUCUAUAAAGAGAACUCUGUACAAUGCUGCCGUUUUGGUGAUCAAAUGAUCAAAGAAGCUUUUGUA